AUGGCUCCUCCUCGUUCUCUUCGCGAUCGUUCUCCUCGCGGUCGUUCCCCUGGCGAUCGUUCUCCUCGCCGUCCUCACACCCUCACUCCUCCGUCGCCGAUUCGUGCCUCUCCUCCCCCUGCUCCCGCUGUUCCCGCUCCUCAAAAUUCUCGCAGAAGCGCACGGCUGCAGAAGAAAGGCCAGAUUCCUAAAGCCAGCAGUGGAAAUGAUGAUACAAGGAAGAAACAGCCAUCAUCCGCACACUUGACUAGCAAAUCUCCUGGAAAACAGGCAAGUACGGGGAUACACAAGAUGUUGACCUUGACAACUAACGCAGAUCAGGUACGCCCGAAAGGCAGUGGCCAGCGAAAGAAGACAACGGGUCAGGACCCUCAACGAGACUACGGCUCAAAGCGAAGAUCCCAGACAAAGAAAAAAGGGAAGACCGUACCGGAAGCGGUGACAACUCCCACAGAGGAUCCAAUAGAGCAACAACGUUCCGAGGGCGUAGCUGAAGCGACCAAGACUCUUCGUGCGGACGGAGAGCCUUCACCACUAGCCUGCGACGGCGACGGCGAAGACGGAGACGGAGACGGAGACGAAGACGGAGACGAAGUUAGCGCAAUUAGACAUUGGGCCAAGACCGGAGAGUGGCCGAAGAACUUUCCGACCAUGGCCCCAGCUACCCAGAAAUCCCAAAAGCGAAAGAAUACACCAAGCUAUUCUCAGAGGACCAAAGAUGGCACAGUUCCAACGGCAGACACCUUACAGUUUGAUGCGGAAAUGGAACGACAGGGGAUUUAUAUGUACCCAGUCAAUGGUCCCCCACACGCCUCUCCAGCCAGCAAAGUACUGAUCCAAACGAUGAAGCAGCCUCUAGAGGACAAAAAGACGUUCACACUGCUCCCAAUCGACAAGCUCCCAAACAUCUUCGCGCGCCUAGCUAAAAGCACCGAAUUUGGCAUAUUCCGGGACGUCACCCCCUUCCUAGUGCCUUCGCCAGGCCACCUCUUUCUCAGUGGUAUUGAAAAGUACGAACACAUAGGAGAGGAUAUAGCUACUGAUUGGUCCAACUGUCAACCACUUGUAGGUCCAACUCCUCGACCAGAUAUUACCGUCGGAAUCCGCCCCUCGGCUUUCACCAGUACAGAGACCGCGAAGUUGCAUACGCAUGCCUCCCGUUUGACACCGACAAUCUUUACACAGCGUGUAUACUUUCCAUUUCUCGUCUGUGGAGCCAAGGGCAAUGAAACACCGAUUGUUCAAUCUGAGCGUCAGUGCCUGAGAAGUUGCAGUAUUGCCGUUAACGCCAUCAUUCAGCUCUACCAACGCUUGGGAAUCAAAGAAGCUUCGAAGCUUAGCAAAGAGAUCCUGGUCUUCUCAGUUUCCCAUACAUUCGACAGUUUCAAAAUCUACGGACACUUUGCUCUCAUCGAAGAAUCCAAGACUACGUUUCAUCGCCACCUUGUCAUGCAAGUGGGACUAGGGUAUGAUGGCGACCAUUUCCGGAACGGAAAAGAAUGUUACGAUUUCGUCAUAAAAUUGUAUGACCAUUUCUAUCCAAAGCAUCUGAAAAGAAUCCAAGACGCGCUACGAAAGAUGGGGAACCCUGCACCGCCGUCGACUGCGUCCCUGAUGAGUCUCAACCCGAAGCCGGCGGUCGGAGGGACUGAGGAGACUGAAACACCUGAAAAGGCUAUCACGACCUUCAAGAAGCGUGAUAUACCACCCCGGAGGAGACAAAAGAGAGCAUCGACUGUCGACGAGGAGUAA